UUACUAUAUUUAUAAAGUUGAUUGUAUGGAAUUGGUUGAACAACUACAAGACUCACUUGAUGAUAUUUGGAAACAGACAGAGUUCCCAGCUUACCCAGAAGCUCGGAUGUUAAACUUUCUCACUGUUAUAGGCGAUGAGCUUUGUCGAUUUGCUCAGCGUAAAUUGGACUCUGAAUUCUCAUCUAUUUGGGUUGGACCAUACAUUGCUGUAAGGGAGGGAUUGCGCAACGCAGUGGGUGUUUGUGACAGGUGGAUUACUAUGUGCGCUACAUUAACUUCGAGAAUUUGGAAGCAAUACCCUUCACAUGUAUGGAAUAGUGGCAAAUAUAAAGCUACGAAUGUCAUCCAUUCAAUGACCAGAUUUCAAGAGGUGUGCGACUUACGCACAGUGCACGAACACCUUCUACGCUUGCUGUCAACCACAGACAGAGAGAGGUUAUGCCCCGAUGACAUUCUUGCUAAAACCUUUUCCAAGGUGGCAGCGUUGCAUUACAACUCCUAUACCGAGCCUGUGUGGCGCUCGGCAGUGGCAACUUACGAGCGUGCCAUGCAACCUGCGGAAGACGCCGUGGCCGGUAAAUUAAGGAGGAGAUUGCAUGAUUCUUCCGGGAAGGUCCACCAGUUACUACACGAGUUCCAGAGGUACAAUGAACUUAUUAAAAGACCAAGAAUCAUUCAAACUUUAACUCCAGAAAGGGAAACUUUGCUUGGACAGUUAACUAACUAUGCCAAGAAUUUGAAAAGUGAGUUUCGUGAAAAGUCAAGGAAUGGAACCGGGGGUGGAAAAACAAGUGGGAAAAAUCUUUCCGAGGUUGUGAGUAACAUCAUAUGGGUUCGCCAACUAGAAGGAAAGCUGAAUGAAAUACUGAAGUCGUCUAGUGAGUUACUCAGCUCUUUAAGAGGAUUUGACCAAUUCAAGGACAUGUGCACAAAAAGCAGAGAUGAAAUGAACAAUUACAGACAGGAACAGUUUCAGUCUUGGUCCGAAUACAUGUUGUCUUCUUUAGAUGACAUUAAUGACCCUAUAAGUGCUACUCAAUACGCAGCAAAUGAAAUCGAGUCCAAUGGUGUAAUAUCUAUUCAAAUAGAAGAUUGGUGA